CGGACCCGGACCCGGAAGCGGCUGCGCAGCCCCGCGGCGGCGGCGGCGGCGCCGGUACGUGUGUCCAUGAAACAAGAUGGAGAGAAGAUAGUACAGUGAAGUGGUGGCCUUGUGGACAGAAUGGCUUUCCUGGACAACCCAACCAUUAUCCUCGCUCACAUUCGACAGUCGCACGUGACCAGCGAUGACACGGGGAUGUGCGAGAUGGUCCUGAUCGACCACGACGUUGACCUGGAGAAGUUCAAUCCCUCAUCAGCACAUGGGGAUAAUGGCUCAGAGCCACAGGGGAGCAAUGGGGAGACUCAGGGCUAUGUAUAUUCCCAAUCAGUCGAUAUUACCUCAAGCUGGGACUUUGGAAUCAGAAGACGAUCAAACACAGCUCAGAGACUAGAACGUCUGCGGAAAGAGAGACAAAAUCAAAUAAAAUGCAAAAACGUUCAGUGGAAAGACAGAAAUACUUCUUGCUCAGCAGAGGAGCUGAGCUCACUGUUUGAAAAGAAGAAUUUUAGAGUGAAAUCCCCAUGUUCUGGGAAGCAGUCCAUCCUCUCUGUGCGUCUGGAACAGUGUCCACUGCAGCUCAACAACCCCUUCAAUGAGUACUCCAAAUUCGACGGCAAGGGCCACGUUGGUACAACGGCAACCAAAAAAAUUGAUGUCUACCUCCCACUGCACACAAGCCAAGACAAGCUGCAGCCCAUGACCGUGGUGACCAUCGCCAAUGCCAAGGUGCACGACCUGAUCGGGCUCAUCUGCUGGCAAUAUACAAGUGAGGGACGGGAACCCAAGCUGAACGACAACGUCAGCGCCUACUGCCUGCACAUCGCCGAGGACGACGGCGAGGUCGACACGGAUUUUCCACCCUUGGACUCCAACGAGCCCAUUCACAAGUUUGGCUUCAGCACCCUGGCCCUGGUGGAAAAGUACUCGUCCCCGGGGCUGGCGGCCAAGCAGUCGCUCUUCGUGCGCAUAAAUGCUGCUCAUGGAUUCUCACUUAUUCAGGUGGACAGUAUGAAGGUCACCAUGAAGGAUAUCUUACAAAAGGCCUUAAAGAGAAGGAAGGGAUCACAGAGAGGCUCAGGUCCUCAGUAUCGGCUGGAGAAGCAGAGUGAACCUAAUGUCCCAGUAGAUUUAGACUGUACCUUGGAGAGCCAGAGCACUUUGGAAUUCUGCCUUGUCCGGGAGAACAGUUCAAGAGGAGAAGAGGUCUCAGAGGAGGAUCCCCAGAUCGAUAUUGCCACAGUGCAGGACAUGCUCAGCAGCCACCACUACAAGUCCUUCAAAGUCAGCAUGAUCCACCGGCUGCGGUUCACCACGGACGUGCAGCUAGGUAUUUCUGGAGACAAGGUAGAGAUAGACCCUGUUACUAAUCAGAAGGCCAGCACUAAGUUUUGGAUUAAGCAGAAACCCAUUUCAAUCGAUUCUGAACUCCUCUGUGCCUGUGACCUUGCGGAAGAAAAAAGCCCAAGUCAUGCAAUAUUUAAACUUACAUAUCUAAGCAAUCAUGACUACAAACACCUUUACUUUGAAUCAGAUGCUGCUACUGUCAAUGAAAUUGUACUGAAGGUUAACUAUAUUCUAGAGUCGCGAGCAAGCACAGCCAGAGCAGAUUAUUUUGCUCAGAAACAAAGAAAACUGAGCAGGAGAACAAGCUUUAGCUUCCAGAAGGAGAAGAAGUCGGGCCAGCAGUGAGGCCGAGCCUCGAGGAGAGCCUGUGCGCCGCGUCCGGAGCCGCUCCCCGCCCGCAGCGGCGCAGCCAGGACCGGGCUGCUCCUGCUGCCCGGGGCAGGAGCGGCCGGGAAGGAACCUGAAUUCUCCCGUCUCUCACGGCUGGAAGAUUAUCCCUCGUUGGUGAUGGGAAGUCUCCCCUGUGACAGAAAUAAAGAGCCAUAUCAGCCGGAAAGAAGACUGUUACGCUUCAGGUUCCUUUGAUUAGAAAUAAGAGAAUGACGUAGACUGGCAUCAUUUAAUUACUGUAUUAUGUACAAUCACAAGAAGAGAUGUGAUUACAUAUUAUUUCACAGCCUGGUUAAAAUAAAUUAUAUACAUCUGUAAUCCACCCACGUACACGCAGGUAUUGCUUGUGACAUGAUCAAAUUUCUAAAAACAAAAUGUAGGACAAAUGUAUCCAUUUUUACUAUUAAUAAACAGAUGUAAUCUUUUUCAAGGUC